AUGCAAGGAAAGCGCUUAUGCUUUACGCCUAAAAAAACGAAAAUUACCAACGAUUAUCAGAUUACAAAUGCAGUUCUUGGUGCUGGUGUAAGCGGAAAAGUGGUUAAAUGUGUCAGCGUGCAUUCUGGUUGCACUUAUGCACUCAAAAUUCUCGAAGAUACUCCUGCGGCUCGUCGAGAGGCCGAACUACAUUGGCGCGCUUCAGAUUGCCCCAAUGUAGUAAAGGUUGUUGAUGUGUAUGAAAACAAUAACCAAAAUACUGGGAAAAAAUACAUUUUAAUGGUACUGGAAUGCAUGCAAGGGGGCGAGCUUUUUAAUCGCAUCAAGUCCAAAACCUCAUUUACGGAAUGUGAAGCCGCUCGCCUUGUUCAUCAAAUAGCAUCAGCAAUUGCGUAUUUACACGCCAGAAACAUUGCUCAUCGUGACUUGAAGCCUGAGAACCUUCUGUUCGCAUCUGAUAACGAUGAUGCUCCACUAAAGCUGACUGAUUUUGGGUUUGCACGCGAAGUUGUUUGUGAGAAUUCUCUCAAAACACCAUGCUAUACGCCGUAUUACGUCGCUCCAGAGAUUCUCAAUCGUGAGCGAUAUGAUAAGUCCUGUGACCUCUGGUCCCUGGGUAUCAUUACGUACAUUUUACUUUCGGGUUUCCCCCCGUUUUUCAGUCGCAACGGGCAGCCGAUUUCCCCUCAGAUGGAAACAAAUAUCAUUUACGGCAACUACGACUUCCCCGAUUCACAUUGCUUUCAUGACAAGCUAUUUUUUAAGACCACGAAGGGCCCUGAUUUUACUUAUCAGCAGAUGAUUUCAUUGUACCGUUUCCCGGCUGAGUCCCUUAAACGCCAAAUCAUCAAGAGUUUGAAGAGUGAGCGCGAGAAUUGGUAA